AUGGAAAAAUUUGCCAACAAGUGCACCCCUGGAUUGUUCGACCGUGCCUUGUGUCUAGUCAAGAAUGAUGAAAAACAACAGCUUUCUAAGAAAAGACAUGAAAUACUGAGACUGCGAGUUGUGGCACUGCUUCAUCAGCUGUCUUACUUUACAAACCAAGUGUGUAUAAUAAUAAUAAAAAAUAAAAUAAAUAAUACUACUAAUAAUGAUAAUGGUAAUGAUAAUGAUAAUAAUAAUAAUAAUAAUAAUAAUAAUAAUAAUAAUAGUAAUAAUAAUAAUAAUAGCAGGAACCAUACUUUAGGAAGACACUUAAAUUAAAUUAAACACUAUGGUGUGUAAUAGACAUAAGUGUUGCUUGUUUGUUUUCAACAGAAAAACAAUCCCUUACAACAAGACUGUGGGUUGCACUUCUUGUCCUUUCAUGGUGCCAGUGAUGAUGCUUUGACAGCUGGCUCACUUCUGGGGUUUAGCACUCACCCGAGAAGUGUGCUAAAUCAUAAAAAAGGAUUGUCUGGAAAAAGCAUUCACAAGACACAAGCGAUCGUUGAGAGUGCCAUAAAGGUACAUGUAUUUACAUACUGA